CUGUGAUUAUAGUAAACAAGUUGAAAGGCUUUUGUUUUGAUUGGUAGUGAAACCGGUUUGCUUCUGUCCUGUGUGUCGUGCAGUCAUCUCCAUCAAAACAAGAAGGCAUGCAUUCAUGCGCAGUGAAGAGUGUCCCUACUCCGAUACCUACCUUUUCGUAUAAACAUAUGUUCCCAUUUGAAGAGUAAAUAGUCAACAGAGACAUAUAUCUAUCAUCAAUUGACCAUGGUUUGUUUGCUCGGAACACUAGUGAAAUACAAUACAUAACCAAUUUGUGGACAAAGUUGUCAGUUCUAAAAAUAUUCCUAGUCCACAUGGUUGAUUUCAUGCUGAAUAAGCGAAUGAACGAUUAGUUUGGAAAACGCUUGUGUCGGGUGUGGGUGCUAAAUUUGCUACAUUAUGGCAACGUAACACGUGAACUUUUCCCGUGUGAUCCAAGUGUUGUAAAAACAUCUAAGAAAGAAGGUAACAAUACCGAUGGCUUCGUUUGGAGCGCCAAUAACUUCGACUGUAUUGAAUGCGAUUGACCUCACAUAUCAACAUCGAUGAAAUAAAGAACGACAUGGAAUCAUCGUAAGCACAGGGUACAACGAUUAUUGGCAGCUACACGGCACAGUGAUGUGCUAACCUUAAACAAAGAAGAAAUCAGCAUUGAAAGUUGUGAUAUAACACCUACUGUGGGUGCAAGUUGAAGGAAGAAAGGAAAAAAAAUCGGCCGAAUCUCUUGUAUCCUACAAACUUUAUCGGUGAGACUGAUAAGAUCCGCGCAGCCCUUGAGUUAGGUGAUAAAUAAUGGAUCGUGAAAAGGAUGAUAAGUCUUCCAAUACGGGAAUCGCUGGUGGAUUCGCUGCCUGUGUUACACGGUUCAUUUGCCAACCGUUGGAUGUGCUGAAAAUCCGUUUCCAGCUCCAGGUAGAACCACUCAGCCAGGAUCACAUGACUUCCAAAUAUCGCACUAUUGUGCAAUCGACAAGACUGGUCUAUCAAGAGGAAGGACUGCGUGCCUUCUGGAAGGGUCACAACCCUGCUCAGGUGCUUUCUAUCAUCUACGGUGUAUCUCAGUUUUCUUCCUAUGAACAUUGCAAUCAUCUGCUGAGAAAAAUUAAAACUUUUGAGGAACAUCAGAAUGUACGGAAUUUUCUCUGUGGUGCUCUGAGUGGCACGGUGGCGACUGUGAUUACACUACCACUAGAUGUGGUUCGAACACGACUGAUUUCGCAAGACCUUAAUCGGGGGUACAAAAAUUCUGUUCAAGGGUUAAAACUGAUCUACAGAUAUGAGGGAGUCAAAGGGUUAUAUCGAGGCUUAGGCCCCGCUGUUCUUCAAAUAGCGCCACUAACGGGCGGUCAGUUUAUGUUUUACAACAUUUUUGGCAGUAUGUUCCGGCAGUAUUUCAAUAUAAGCACAGGCGAAACGCUCCCAGCAAUAGAGACUUCUCUUUUUAUUUGCGGAGGACUAGCAGGAUUAUGCACGAAGUUGCUCGUGUACCCACUGGAUCUGGCUAAAAAGAGACUGCAGAUUCAGGGUUUUGCCAAAAGUCGACAAACGUUCGGUCGACAUUUUGUUUGUCACAACAUGUUCAACUGCAUGUAUAAUAUAGUCAAGCAGGAGGGUUUCGUAGGAUUAUACAAGGGACUGCAUCCGGCCCUGCUGAAAGCGUGCUUUAUGUCCGCUUUCUAUUUUGCAAUAUACGACGAGAUGGUGUGGAUCUUGAAUCACUGAUAGAAAGGUAAGCGGUGAUUUUAUAAUUUGU